AUGUUCAAGGCCACUCUUUCCCUCGCUGUCCUUGUCGUUUCCGUCACUGCCCAGAUAACUAUCAACACGCCCUCCGGCGCACUCGGCGCUAUUCAAUGUGCUGUUUACCAGGUGACCUGGACAGGCGGCACCGGGCCGUUCGACCUUCGCCUUCUCGACAGUGAACAGAACUUCGUGGAGGAGAUCGCAAGCGAUGCUCAAAGCAGCCCAUUCCAAUGGACAGUGAACGAGCCCGCUGGCCAGGACUUCAUUCUCUCCAUUCACGACACGACUGGCACUACCGCCACCACUGGCCAGUUCACUAUCCAGCCCUCGUCUGACACAAGCUGUCUCAAUGACACAUCCUCUGGAGAUCUCACUGUCAACACACCGACCGGCGCAACUUCCGCCAUCCAGUGCGAAGACUAUCAGAUCACCUGGACAGGCGGCAACGGGCCGUUCGAUGUCUACCUGCUCGACGACGAGCUGAACCUCGUGGAGGACAUCGCGGACAACGUGACCAGCAGCCCCGUACUGUGGAGCGUGAACGAGCCCGCCGGCCAGAACUUCACCUUUGCCGUGUUCGAUGCAGAUGGCGACUCCGGCAUCUCUGGCUUGUUCAGCAUCCAGGACUCAUCGAACUCGUCCUGCCUCAAUGCAUCUUCGACCGCAAGCCCUAUCACUGUCAACACCCCCACCGGCGCACUCGGAGCCAUUCAGUGCGCUGUCUAUCAGGUUACUUGGACGGGCGGAGUAGGACCGUUUGAUAUCCAGUUGCUCGACAGCGAGAGCAACUUCGUAGAGGAGAUCGCGAGCGACGCCACAAGUAGCCCGGUACAGUGGACCGUGAACGAGCCCGCUGGUCAGGUCUUUGGAAUCGCCGUCAUGGACUCGACCGGCGAUGUUGGGCUCACUGGUCAGUUUACCAUCCAGCCAUCGUCCAACUCCUCUUGCCUCGGCAAUUGA